AUGGACGCGCUAUUUCUGGCACGGACGCAACUCGCAGAUGUUGCUUUUAGGCUCCUGUUGCAGCUGCUUACUUUGUUAGAGCCAACGAGGGCAUGGCACGACCUGGAUAACACCGAUUAUGACUGCUGGCCGCUGGAGAAACCCGAUGAAUUCAACAUGAUAGACUGUGGAGGUCUGGAAAUGUUAUGGGUACAAAGACCUCCAGAAAAAAUAAUCAGUAAUGUGGAAUUUAAUGUAACCUAUGCUAUAACUGCAUCAGAUGACUUCUACCAUUAUGCAGUAAACAAUGGUAUCCUUUCUCGCAGUGAUGUAAUGGAUGCUGCCUCUGCAAAGACAUUCUGUGAACACCAGGAAUGUCCUUCUAACUGGAAAGAUGCAAACUCUGAGAACUGCUGUAUUCACCAUGCAAACAUUCACUCUUGUCCAAUGGCUUUUAUGACUACGAAAAGCAUUUGUGGACCAUGGAUCCCAGAUGAUGGGCAGAUAUUCACCCAUACCAUAUCCACAGCCGGCAAGAUAACUCAGAUAAACUGGACGGCUAAGGUAGUUCUGUUCCACGUGGGGGUGACAUCUCUUAUAGCUCAUAUCAGGGUUGGAAACAUGCAAGCUGCUCUGGAAGCCAAAUCCACCGUAAUACCUGCAGUAGUGUGUGGAGAUGGAGAAUGUGAAGAAGAUGAAAACUGUGCCACUUGUCCUGCUGACUGUGGUGUAUGUCCCAUGACAGCAGCUGUAAAGACUGCAAUUGGAGUACCCUUGUCAGCACUGUCUGCUGGAUUUAUUCUCAUAAUAGUGUGUUUUCAGUAUCAGAAACAAAAAUUGUUUUGGGAUGAGAGCUGGAUCAUUGACUUCAGUCAUAUAAAGCCAGAUCAUAAUGCAAGAAACGUCAUGGCAAGCAUGCUUAGUGUGCCACCAACAGCCAGCGAUUCCAGCACCAGUUGUAUUACUGCCCUCAGCUCUUGUAAUGCAACAGUGAACCCAUCCAGAAAGCAAUACUUUAUUCAAACUGGAAUAUAUGAUGGACGGAUAGUAGCCAUUAAGAAAAUAAAAAAGAAGACUUUUACGCUUUCCAAGACUAUACGCAAAGAAGUAAAGCAAAUAAGGGAACUGGAUCAUCCAAACUUAUGCAGGUUUAUUGGAGGGUGCAUUGAGGUGCCAAAUGUUGCCAUUAUCACAGAAUACUGUCCUAAAGGAAGUCUGAACGAUGUUCUCCUUAAUGAUGAUAUCCCCCUCAACUGGGGAUUCAGGUUUUCAUUUGCAACAGACAUUGCACGGGGCAUGUCCUAUCUUCAUCAGCAUAAAAUUCACCAUGGAAGGUUAAAAUCUACUAAUUGUAUUAUAGAUGAUCGCUGGGUUUGUAAGGUCACAGAUUAUUACUUGCCAACAUACAGAAAGGAAGACUUUGCCGAUGCUCCCACUGCAUAUCAGCAACAUGUGCUACAGCUGUACCUUCCUCCCGAGGCCCAAAUGAAGCUGGAUUUUGAACCUACUGCAGCAGGAGAUGUGUACAGCUUUGCUAUCAUUCUGCUUGAAAUUGCAACAAGAAGUGAUCCAGUGCCUAGAGAUGACAAUAAUCCUCUUGAGUGUUCCUGGUGCCCUCCUUUGCCAGAGCUGAUCACUGGAAAAUCAGAAAACACCUGUCCAUGUCCUGGAGAAUAUGUUCAGUUAAUUCUAAGGUGCCGGACCAGUAAGCCUAUUCAGAGGCCAACAUUUGAGCAAAUCAAGAAGUUCCUGUAUAAGAUGAAUCCAUGCAAGGUUAGCCCCGUGGACAUGAUGAUGACACUUAUGGAAAAGUACAGCAAACAUCUGGAGGCACUUGUAGCUGAAAGGACCCAGGACUUGAUGUAUGAAAAGCAAAAAACUGACCGCCUGCUCUACAGUAUGCUACCAAGACAAGUAGCUGAUGACCUGAGGCAAGGAAAGCCAUCACCAGCUCAAAGUUUCAUCAGUGCUACUGUAUUUUUCAGUGACAUUGUUGGCUUCACUCAGCUCUCCGGCACCAGUACACCUUACCAAGUUAUUGACUUCCUCAACAAACUCUAUACCACCUUUGAUGAGAUUAUAGACAACUAUGAUGUGUAUAAAGUGGAGACAAUAGGGGAUGCAUAUAUGGUUGUUUCCGGGGUGCCAAAGGAAAAUGGCAUCCUCCAUGUGAGUGAAAUAGCAAGCAUGGCACUGGAUCUUGUAGCUGUGUGCAAAACAUUUGGAAUUCCACACAAGCCCAAUACUCAGCUAAGGAUACGAGCAGGAAUCCAUUCAGGUAUUUGA